CCCUUAACGUUACAUCUCAAUCUCAUAUCAAAGGCUAAAAGGAAUGUUUUAAGGGUAUAUUAGGUCUCCUGUUUUACGGCAAAGUAGAACAAGAACGAAUAAACAACAUAAAGCCUUCGGAAGGUAGACUAUCAAAUCAACGAGCUCUGCAAUACAAGCUAGUUCACGUCAGAAUGGACAGUGAACUAAGUCCCCAGGAUAAGAGGGAUUUGGACAAGUUUAUCAAGUUCUUUGCCCUGAAGACUGUGCAGGUGAUUGUCCAAGCCCGUCUUGGAGAGAAAAUCAGCACUCGGUCAUUUUCAUCACCCACAGGAUCGGACUGGUUCAAUUUGGCAAUAAAAGACAUACCUGAAGUAACUCAUGAAGCUAAGAAGGCCCUGGCUGGCCAGCUCCCAGGAAUGGGACGCUCCAUGUGUGUUGAGAUCUCCCUAAAGACUUCUGAGGGUGAUUCAAUGGAAUUGGAGACUUGGUGCCUGGAAGUUAAUGAGAAGUGUGAUAAGGACAUCAAGGUGUCCUAUACGGUAUACAACCGUCUGUCUGUCCUCCUUAAAUCUCUGUUGGCUGUCACAAGAGUAACACCAGCCUACAAACUGUCCAGAAAGCAGGGACAUGAUUUUGUCAUGCUGUACAGAAUAUACUUUGGGGAAGUGCAGCUGAGUGGAUUAGGGGAAGGUUUCCAGACAGUGCGCGUUGGUGUGGUCAGCACUCCAGUGGGCACAGUCACAUUGUCCUGUGCCUACCGUACCAAUUUGGCUUUCAUGUCUAACAGGCAGUUUGAGCGACCAACUCCUAUCACGGGGAUCAUAGUGGAUCACUUUGUGGAUUCUCCCUGUGGCGGCCAGCGUCCUGCUAACAUGGCUCAGCCCUGCAAUUACAGAGCAACAGACAGAGAAGAUGUGGGUCAGUUGGCAGCAGUCCAAGAUUCACAGGAGGUCUGUACCACCUCCUUCUCCACGUCCCCACCCUCUCAGCUUUAUACGUCAAGGGUUUACUAUCCACCUCUUGCUGAGCUUUGCCAUCCUGCUGCUAAUCCAAACCAGGCAUUACAUUCUGGAAAGAAAUACAGCAAUGUUUUGACCUCAGUCCAUCCUCCCCCUGAAGCAGACACACAUCUGACAGUUGAUCAAGCCCCCAACACACCUUUUAGAAGUGCUGACGACAAAGGUUUGUCUCAGAGUGAAGAAGAAAGGAAAGUUGUAGGGAGGCAGAGUAUUAGUCCCUGUGACCCGGUGGAAUCUCUUAAUGCCAUUUCAAGGAAAGUUGGAGCGUUUGUUAAUAAACCCAGCACACAGAUAAAAGCAGCUUGUCUGGACCUGCCAUUUGCAGCAUUUGCUCCUCGAGGCCUGGACUUUGGAGAAAGUGAUCCUAUGUUGCAGCCUCCAGACUCUCCUCCCUCCCUGUCACCCCUGCAGGCCAGUCAUGUCUCCCAGGGCUCAGAGGGAUCUGGGAAUCAGGAUGAUUUUGUCAUGGUUGACUUUAAACCUGCAUUCUCUAAAGACGACUUGUUACCAAUGGAUCUAGGCACAUUCUACAGAGAGUUCCAGAACCCACCACAACUGGCCAGCCUCUCAUCACAGACUAGCUCUCAGUCAAUGGCAAAUGACCUGGACUCGUUGCCAGAGAAAUUGGCCAUUUAUGAGAAAAACAUUGAUGAGUUUGAUGCUUUUGUGGACAUGCUGCACUAAUGAAGAGGCGGACAGAAGACCAACAGAAAGAGCAGAAUAGAUUGACGGUACUCUGGCUGAGCUGUGGAUACAAACCAUGCGCUGUUUUAAGACCCGUGUAGAGCGAUCAUUCCCAUGAAGACCCAUGCACAUUUGAACUGUGUAGUCAGAAUCCUUCACAUUAUAUUUAAAUACAGUUAAUUGUGAAUCCUUCACUGACACGCCUCAUCAUCUUGCUGCACACAGCGCCCUCUUCACUACAGACACUGUUCAAUGUCCUCAAACACCAAGGCCCUCUUUCAUUCUGAAAAGACAAACUGCUGCCAUCAUCAGGACAAACACAGGAGAAAGAGAAACGCUAAAAACAUUUGUUCUUCUCUGCUGUUCACAAUCUCAACCUGCUAAUAACUGACUUGACAUUCAGAUUGAUCAUGUUUAUGCUUAGAAAUAAAAAAAAAUGCAUUAUUCAAAUAAACUAGCAGUUGUUUGUGUAAAAUAAAUAGCUGGAAGAUUCACAGAAACACAAAUGAAUCUCAGUGAACUGAUCAUGCUGUGAACCUGACUAAUAAACUGUACAAAUCUCUUUAUCUAUA